AUGUCCGAUGGAAUCCGCAUGUACACCAACUUCAUUGCCAGCAUCGACACCCGGCUGAGGAACCCCAAGUGGGUGAUAGAGCACCUCACCCGCUCCAAACUCAAGGGAGAUGGCACCAGGAGCUCCUCUCAGUUCACCGAGGAUGCGGGGGUGGGCGCCCGCUUCCGGGCCAAGCUGUCUGACUACCGCGGCACGGGCUACGAUCGAGGCCACAUGGCCCCCGCCAGCAACCACAAGGAGAGCCAGGGGUCCAUGGACGAGACCUUCUCGCUCAGCAACAUCGCGCCGCAGGUGGGCGGGGGCUUCAACCGCGACUACUGGGCGCGCUUCGAGCGCUUCGUCCAGGACACCACCAAGUCCUUUGACGAUGUCUGGGUAGUCACGGGACCUCUCUACAUCCCGCGGCCUGGCCCCAGCGGCUGGGUGCUGGAGCACCCCAUGCUCGGCCAGCCCCCGCAGAUGGUGGCCGUGCCCACCCACUUCUUCAAGGUGGUGCUGGCCGAGCAGGGGGACGCCUCCACCGCAGUGGCCGCCUUUGUCAUGCCUAACUCGGCCAUCCCCGCUGAGUACCCGCUGUCGGCCUUCUCGGUGCCGCUGACCUCCCUGGAGGAGGUCAGCGGCCUCACCUUCUUCCCCUCGCUGCUGGACGACGCACGGCGCAUGGGCCUGGACGCCGCUGCGCUGAGCAGCACCAUGGCUGUCCCAUCCAAGCUGGCCAUCGUCAGGUCAUGCGGUAACCUGCACGUCACUGCCUCGUGGUCGUCCGGGCUGUGCGCGAACAUCGUCGCUCGCAACACCCUCAACGAGACCUCCACCUCCUGGGCAGCUCUGCUGUCCGUGUCCGGCAUCACCAUCACCUCUGGUCCCACCGGCAUCGGCGCCCCUGAGAUGAUCGACUCCGAGACCUGGGCGAUCCUGCCCAUCGACGGCACGCAGCAGAAGAUUCAGGCAAAGAACACCAUCACCAUCAACUUCUGCGGUGUCACUGAUGCCCCCGAGGAGGUUGUCGCGAGCCUGGAGACCGUGUUUGGCCAUGGCCCCAACUUUACCACCCAGGAUGCUGCCAACAAGUUGAGCUCCGGCUACUGCCCCUUCCUGCCCGUCGUGUCCCCUCCCCCUCCUCCCCACGAUGUGCCUGCCCCCGCCCCCGAGUCUGAUUUCGAGUGA